AUGGCGUCACAAAUUUGCCUGAAGAAAGCGCGUUUCCUGUUGCUCGGACAUGAGAGAGGCGGCCUUCGAUGUGGUGCCCUUGACCACGUGACUCUGGAGACGCAGUCCCCUCGCGCCUCCUUGAAGCAUGUGGUUGCCGUCCCCGCCGGGCUAUUCGAUCUCGGCUCCCUCGAACUGAGGCCUCCUAAACCACAAAAUGCCCCAGACGUGAGAAAAUAUUGGGCUCAGAGACCCGUUGCAGCAGAAGUGCGUUCAAAAGCAUUGUUCGUCGCAUCGUUUCUUGUAAUUGCAUUCACAGCUCGUACGCGGAGGUCAUUUCGGCAUGCAGCAAAAGUGUGA